UAGGACUUAAACAAACGUAGACAGGGCCUAUAAGGGACUUGAAGUUUUGAUAAAACUAAUCUGAAUUUGCAGGUGCAAGGCAUCUCGAGACAUCAAGAAAAAAUUUAUUCGUUUUCUUUGUUUGUUUGUUUUUUUUUCCAUAAAUUAUUAUAUUCCGACAUUUUGUAUUAUUUUUAACCCUGCUUUAUACAUGUGUGCGUCGUCGUUCAAAAAUAUAGCAAACGAUUAAUUUCUCUUUCUUAGACAACAUACAACUAGUUCCAUUAUUGCGCGAUUUUCUCAUUCUUAUACUUGCCUGUCUCAGAUAGAAAAGUAGAUAGGACGUUUUCCGUAGAACCGAACAAUUAAAUAGAUUCUUGGCUAUGCUAGUUGGCUACGACCAAACAGGGCAGAUCCUUAAUUUUAUAGGUUCGUGUAUAUGCCAACGUCAAUUUAAAUUCGGCGCUUGACCGCGUGGUGCAGCACUAGUCCGAGAACAACCAGGUUCGUGAGCGUGAGCACUCUCAUUACCUACCUGAUACGACUGUGAUUCGAGGCGACAGGUUUCAUAACCUAAGUGCAGUGUGAGAAAUAUUUAACGUUCUUUUGUAAUUGGAUUCCAACGUAAUUGAAAUAGAUGACGGACAAUAUUGAAAGUAAAGCUACUGUCGCAUCGGAAGAGAUAGAAGCAGAAGAAUGCCAAGAGGAUGUUCCAGAGGAAGGAAAGAUUAUUCGGAAGGACGAAAAAUCGAGGCUAAAUGUGGAGGUGCUCGAUGACGCGGAAACUGUGACGUUAGAACAACCAGUUUAUCAAAUACGUCCGCAGUUACACGAGAAGUUUAAACCGUUAAACGCUAAAGAAGUUAUACAUAAUGUGCUAUUUGAUCAGCUUUCUGCGAAAACUUACGAUGCUCAGGAAGCAGCCCAAUGGACCAAAGAUAUAGCGGAUUUAAUUAGAGAGAAAGUUAAAGAGCUAAAGUUCAAACGUUACAAAUAUAUUGUAAAUGUGGUUUUGGGUGAGCAGCAUGGUGCUGGGGUGAAAAUGGGUACAAGAUGUAUUUGGGAUGCAGAAGCAGAUACGUACGCGUAUGAUAGUUUCUUGAAUGAUACGAUAUUCUGUGUGGCCACUGUGUACGCCGUGUAUUUUUAUUAGAAAAUACUUACACGCAUCUUUAUUAUACAUAUCUUUGAUUACGAUACACCAAGUAGUUGAAGUUUAUCAAUUAUGGUAUCCUAUGGAUGAUACGAACAAAAUCGAAUGAAAGAUGAAGAAGAAUAAAAGAUGGUCUCAUA